AUGCUUGAUUUUAUUCAGUUUUACAAAACUGAUGUAACUUCCGAUUUAACUAGUCAAGUUCUAUCUUUAAAGGAGUUUAUAAAAAACACUGAUAUGAAAACAAUUAAAGAAUUAUGUUUAUAUUUAAUAGAAAACGACCUAUCAUCUUUGUAUAGUGAAGUUGUUACAUCUUGUAUUAUAUUUUUAAGUUUACCAGUGACUGUUGAAACGGCCGAACGAUCAUUUUCUAAACUUAAAUUGAUUAAAAACUAUUUAAGAAACUCGAUAUCUCAAGACCAAUUAACCAACAUAAGUAUCUUAAAUAUAGAAAGAGCUCGCACUGAAGAACUUGAUGUAGAAAAAUUAAUUUUAGACUUUGCCAAUCAAAAAAGCAGAAAAAAAAUUUUUUUAAAGUAA